CUCAGAUACUCCUCCACGUAUUGAACAGUUUCCAUUCAGGAACGUGCCUUAGUGCUUGGUGUGGUUUUUCAAAGUUUGGUUGCAUCUGAAUCCGAAGAAAAUAUCUAACUUCAGUUAGGAUUCUAUCUUUGGAGUGUUGACACUCACUCACCUGAAUUGGACGGUCUUCUUCGUGGGUACAGUGAUUGGAGCUACUAUCGCACAUCUACAGUGAUUGGUAGAUGCUCUCAUAGUGUGGAUAGUGCAUAUUGACGGUUAAGUGUUUUGCGUUAAAGAUAGAUGUAACCUUUGUGGAUGCUUUCUCUUGAUGUGGUAAAGUCGACAAUUACGUACUGUUCCAUUUCGGUUUUUGGUCGUUUUGCAUUUAGUGGAAAAAAGUGUGGAAAAGUGUUAAGAGUUUUUUAAUAGUUCGCGUGUAUCGUACAUUUUCCGACAAGUCUAGAAAGCUGCGAAUUCGGUUCAAUUUUGCGUUAGUGGCAGUAGCAAAAAAGUUUAAAUAUAUUCUGUUUGGUUUGCGGAUAUUUACACAAAUCUACGCACUUAGUUCUGAAUCCGAGUUAGUGUAAAAGUAAGAAAAUUUGAAAGUGUUGAGGAUAUCUGGUGGAUAAAUGGUACCUUUAUAACAAUUAUACUUGUAUACGCUUAUUGUAAGAGUUAAGAUACAGAAAUACACUUGCUGCGGGAGUGCACGUUUUUGUAUCGGUCCAAAUUGCAUGCAUUCGAAUUCUAUUCAAAACUAGUGAAUAUUAGCGCUGCAAGGCAAUCUGAAUAUCAUACGUUUAAGUGCAGCACGAGUUGAAGUCCCAAUACUGACAUAUUUUGAUACUCAGCAUCUACAGAGUGGCUGCGGUACCUCCACAUAAAUAACGACAUAAAGUCAACAGCUCUGUGGGAUUAGUAAUCGUAAGCAAAAAGUGGAUAAUUUUGCAAUCUCCAAGAUUUUCAUCAUUCUCUCGACAACAACGUAGCAUAGUUACCUCGACGAUUAUUUUGGUGCUUUCGCUGAAGAGAACGAGUCAGCAUUCGAACAUCGAGCGCUUGCUAAUGAUGUCGAAAUGAUAUGGUUCGGCGUCAUCUCAACAUCACAAUUGGAAUAAAAUCAAAGCUUCAUCAUUAAUCAUGGACACCGACGAAGUUAUCAAACUUGUUGACGGGGUGUAUAAGAACAUCCUAGAAAAGUUCAAUCCAGGAGCCCGUCAACUUAUAAAUGCUGGCAAGGCGUACUUGAAAGCACUUCAUGGUGCUGCUGCUGCCUCAAGACUUUUCAAUGAAUCGUUACUAAAAAUUGCAAGCAAUGCUCAACAUGGCGGAACUAAUGAUAUUGGUGCAGCGCUGAUGAAUAUCGUUGAAGUGUACAAAGGAAUUCAAGAUCAGCAAAUGAAUAUUUUAAAGGCUUUCUAUGUCGACCUUUUGGUCCCAUUGGAAACUAACCUGGAGAAAGACACGAAAGUCGUACAAUUUGAGCAGAAGAAAUUUCUUCAAAAUCAUAAAAUAAGAACGGAAAGCUAUAGUAAGGCGGCGGCUACCAUGAAAAAGCAACGUAAAAAGAAAAAUAGCCCCCAAAGCACCGACAAAGAUAUCAAGAAUAUUCAGGCCCUGGAGGAACAGAAAAAUAAAUUAGAUGCAUUUUGUGAGCAGAGCUUUAAAAACGCCAUGACGCAAGAGAGACGAAGAUACGGCUUUGUUUUGGAAAGACAAUGUUCCCUUGCUAAACACUGGAUGGCCUAUUACACAGCUGGCAAAGGUGCAAUUGAAGCCAACUUGGAUAAUUGGAGUGAAAUUGCUGCAUCGCGGGAAACCUUACCACCACAUAUCGAUAAUGUCUUUGCAAAGAGAAUGGCCGAAAAACUCCGAGACGAUGAAGAAAACGCUUCAGUUACAUCAGCAUUGCGUAAGACCCAUAGCGUAGAUGCCUCAUGUUUAGAUAUGCGCUCAUUAGGUGAUCUCGCGACCACUGCCAUGUGCAUGCCACGCGCUAAAUCAGAAUUCAAUUUGACAUCAUCAUCACCACAUGACAUGAGAGUACUUUCAGAUGAAAACUGGGACCAACGACCGGUAGUAAAAGCACUUUAUGCCUACAUAUCGUCAGGAGAAAAUCAACUGAGCUUCCUUGAAGGCGAUCGUAUCGCCUUAGUGGGUAAUCGCGCCAAAGGUUGGCAAUUUGGUGAAAAUCUUCGUACUCAAAUGUUCGGAUGGUUCCCUAUCGCCUACACCGAGUCGGAAAAUUUCAAUCAAAAGGAGAAUAUUUAUGAUUCACGGCCUUCUCAUCAUAUGAACGGAAAUCAUAAUAAAUAUAAGGCAGAGUCUUCCGUAGAAGUAACUGAGGAAUCAGUAGUAUCGCGUCAUCGUUCAUCGUAUCAUUCAGAAUCAUCACCAACUAGAAUGUUUGGUGAUACACUGAUGUUCCGGCAGUCGAAACAGUAUCGUCGAAACAAUGAGGAGCCAAAACCAGGUCCACCACCAGCUCUACCCGCUCCCGUCCCAGCACCAAUUGUGCCUGCAUAUAAAAGCAAUAUCAGCCAAUCCCGUAGCUUCUGUUCUCCGGUGGGUCCACCAUUAAUUGAGAAACGAAGACCAGGACCGACAAAUAAUUACUCAAGGGUUAUAACAAAUAAACAAAAACCAAAUCGUGAGGGAGUUACCAGCGCUUCAUUGCAUAGCAGUAAUGAUAGUGGAUUUGCUAAUGAGCCUCCGCCGCAGCCUGAAGUAGACUAUUCAGAUGAAGAGCAAUCGAAUAGAGUUCCAAUCAGAUCGCCACGAUCAGCUAGAAAUUAUCAUGAAGCUAAUGGUCGUUCAGCUCAAGCUUAUCGCAACAGCGAAUCAGCUAGCACGCUCCAAACACGUUACAAAACACAAAACGGCAGCAGCAACACUCUACAACGGCCCCAACAGAACGGUAAUAAUAGCACCAUAAAUCGACCACAAAGCUUGAAAAAUCUCGGUGACGAAACCACCGACACUGGUUACCACACAACUGAGCGCAAGGGAAAUUUAAUUAAGAGGACGAAGUCAUUUUGGAAGUUUGGUAAAUCGGACGAUAUCCUAGAGGGAAUGGCCAUGUGGCGUCAUCGGGAUCUGGUAUCAAUUGAGAAAGACCAAAACGGAAAUGAGGUCAGCGAGAGUACCCAAAAGAAGAAUAUUAAAAAUCAAAACAUGACCAACGGAAAUGGUGUAAACAUGAAGCGCAGGACUAUGGAGAGUACCGACCAAGCUACUGAAGACGAAAGUAUCUAUGGAGUACAACAAUCACGUUCUUCUUCAAACAUAAUGUCGACCCCACAAAAAAUGAAUCAGAGCAAGAAUAGUUAUUACAAUGGCAACGGCAAGAAUACCAGCGGAACGGAGUACAAUGGCAACUACCAAGACAGCAAAAUUGACACCAAGGAUUACAGACGCCGCCAGCAAAUGUACUAUGAACAGAAUACAAAUGCAAAGAAUUCUCAUGAACAACUUGAUAUGAACGAUGACGAUAAAUCGUCAUUGGAUGGUGACAAUGAUGAUACCGAGACCUUAACAAUGCAUAAUAGUAACUUCUUUGAUGAUGAAAGUGUUGAAGAAAUCGUCAUGAAGACUGUCAAACGCCAUGAAAUCCUUAAGCAAUAUGACACCAGUGGAACUGACUCGGAACCACAUUCAAGCAGUUCCGAUGCAUACGAUUGCAUAGUUGUCGAUGAUCAUCUCGUUCGAAGAGCUCGAAGCAACCGUCGUAAGGACGAAGAUAAAAUGGAAUUCAAAACAUUCCGAGAUAAUAGCCAAAACGGGGGUGGCAAUAUGGAUACACCUCCAACCACUGGACCCAUGUUACCACGAACCAAACUUUCUAAAGUACCAAAUCCAAUCCAUGCACCUGAUGUGCACUCCAAUAGAACAUCAGACCACCAGCAAUCUAAGGAUAUGAACGGUCACACCCAAAAUCAAAAGAUGUCUAAGGAUCGCAAUUCAAAAACUUAUGGUCCUUGGUAUGACUUGUGGGGUAAAGAUCCAAGCAGUCCGCAGAAAGCAUAGAAUGUUACGCAAACAAUGAGAUUUUGCAUUAAAUUCAUAUCAUGAGUACUUAAAAGUGUAGUAUUAGUUUGCCAUGUUGCUCCGUUUCAUCUUUCGUAGUUAUUACAUUAACUCAGAUGAAACUGUUGGCAACGAAUAAAAAUAAUCUUUAAUUUUGUUUUAAACAAUAAAAGCUACCCUGGCCGAUUAAUGGUGCUACAACUAAAAUAUAUAUUAUUUUAUCGUUAUGUUUUUAUUUGUUUUCAUUGAGAAUAUAUAUUGAAAAUAUAAUUAAAUGUAUAAUGUUUUGGGUUGAAGAAAUUAUAAUAUAACUGCAUAGUGCCAAACUCACUCCUUAUUGUUUUCAAUAAUAUGCAAUUUCAUUUAUUUUCUUCAGUUUAUUUUAUUAUAAAUACAAAAUAA